AUGAGAAUAUUGCAACAUUCUACAAUCCGUUCACGUCCUUACGCAUGUUUUAUGCAGUGUUAUUUGCACUUCCAAGCACAUUACUCUUCAUCUUCUUCUUCUUCUUCUUCUUUGCCUCCAACAGAAGAUCACCUAUGUCAGCUGAUACUUGACCAAAAAACCGCCUCUGAGGCACUCCAAACCUUCAGAUGGGCCUCAACCUUCUCCAAAUUCACCCAUUCCCAAUCCACAUAUCGCGCUUUAAUCCACAAGCUAUGUAUUUUUCGCCGUUUCGAUACCGUCAAGCAACUGCUCGACGAAAUGCCUAGCUCAAUCGGAGCUUCUCCCGGUGAUGGAAUCUUCAUAACCAUCGUCCGUGGACUCUCCCGUGCUGGAAUGACACGAAGGGUCAUCAAAGUUAUUGACUUGGCUUACAAGUUUCACGGUACACCUUCGUUGAAGAUCUUCAACUCCAUUUUGGAUGUUCUAGUGAAAGAGGACAUUGAUAUGGCUAGAGAGUUUUAUAGAAAGAGUAUGAUGGAGAGUGGUGUUCAUGGAGAUGAUUACACUUUUGGGAUUUUGAUGAAAGGUCUUUGUUUAACUAAUAGGAUUGGUGAAGGUUUUAAGCUUUUGCAGCUUAUUAAGUCUAAUGGGGCUGCCCCGAAUACUGUCAUUUACAAUACUUUGCUGCAUGCACUUUGUAGGAAUGGAAAGGUUGGUAGGGCUAGGAGCUUGAUGAAUGAGAUGGUGAGCCCAAAUGAUGUUACCUUUAAUAUUUUGAUAUCUGCGUAUUGUAAGGAAGAGAAUUUGGUUCAAGCUCUUGUUUUGCUUGAGAAGUGUUUUGGAAUAGGUCUUGUACCUGAUGUUGUUACCAUAACUAAGGUGGUUGAGAUUCUAUGCAACGCUGGCCGUGUAACGGAGGCUGCCGAGGUUUUGGAGAGAGUUGAGAGCUUGGGGGGUUCACUAGAUGUUGUAGCUUACAACACAUUGCUAAAGGGGUUUUGUGGAGUGGGAAAAGUGAAAGUUGGACUUCAUUUCCUGAAGCAAAUGGAGAAUAAAGGCUAUCUUCCAAAUGUGGAUACCUAUAAUAUACUGAUAUCUGGGUUUUGUGAAUCUAGGAUGUUGGAUUUGGCUCUUGAUCUUUUUAAUGAUAUGAAGACAGAUGGAAUCAAACGGAACUUUGUUACUUUCGACUCAAUGAUUAGAGGUUUGUGUUCAGAAGGAAGAAUUGAAGAUGGUUUUUCAAUUUUGGAGUUAAUGGAGGAAACCAAAGAAGGGUCUAAAGGGCACAUUAGUCCUUACAAUAGCAUAAUCUAUGGUCUAUUCAAACAAAAUCGUUUCGAUGAGGCAGCCGAGUUUCUAACAAAGACUGGAAAAUUGUUCCCUAGAGCUAUUGACAGAAGCCUGACAAUUUUACAGCACUGCAAGGAAGGUAAUAUUAAAGAUGCAAAGAAUGUAUACGAUAAGAUGAUUGAUGAAGGCGGAAUCCCAAGUAUUAUAGUUUAUAACUCUCUUGUUCAUGGCUUUUCACGACAAGGUAGUAUCCGAGAGGCCGUAGAGCUUAUAAAUGAAAUGAUAAGUAAUAACUGUUUUCCCAUUGCAUUUACAUUCAAUGCUAUCAUCGCCGAGUUUUGUAGAGAAGGAAAAAUUGAAAGUGCCUUGAAGUUCAUGGAAGAUAUCACUGCAAGAGGUUGUGUACCAAAUACAGAAACUUACAGUCCUUUGAUUGACGUGUUAUGCAGGAAAGGGGAUCUUCAGAAAGGCAUGCAGGUAUUUUUGGAAAUGGUAGAGAAGGAUAUCAUUCCUAACCAAUUUAUUUGGAAAACACUGCUACUUAGUUUGAGUCUGCAAAACAAUAUCAGUAAGAAUGUUUCUAAUAUAGACUAUUUACUUUAG